CCCACCUUUUCACUAGUGAGCUGCUUCAAUGGCAAGGCUUCUCCAUGGCAACCGCGGUGUUGUUGGAGACGCUCGGUUGCUCGGCAACAUCAUUUACUUCGUGAGGGUACCACGCUAAGGUUGCUUUUGCUAUUAUGUUCAUGCAAAACAGUUUACGUUGUGUAAUUGAAAUGUAAGUGGCUGUCAGGCAUUAAUACAUAUUUUAAAAACCAAUAUCGUUGUACAAGUUAAGAGUGGCGCGAUAGAAGUAACGUUUAGAAGAAGCUAGCUUAAAAAAAAUGUUAGCAAAAGGCAAGUUACGUUGACGUAACGCUAAGUGAUUCGCGAGCGUGAUAAUGGCGACCGAGUGGUCUCAAAAGGUGGAUUUAACCUUUGACUGUCUAUGGAUUUAACCUUCUGAGUUUAUACAGAAAUACCUGCAGAAUACACUGACAUUGUAACGUUACUGCUUUAUGAGUUGUUGUGUUCGAGCUAACAUUACUGGUAACUUGUAAAGUGAUACGUUAACUUUAUAACUGUGUACUAAAUGGCAAAGGAAGACUUUCUCUGGCAUUUUACUUAGCUAACGCUAGAGCAAAAAGUCAGCCGAAUGUGCCUGGGAGAAAUUUCUCUCUCAACACCUCACAGAAAACAACAACCAUGGCUGGCUCUGCUAUCAGGAAUUGGUGGAAUACCCACCAGUUGAACAAAUCGGACAGCAAUGACUCUAACACAGAGGAAGAUGAGGAGGAAUUAGCAAGGAGGAGGCAGUUAUCUAGAAACCUUAGUCAGACUCUGCGGACCAGGCAGCUGCUCAUUGACUUUGAUGGUGGCCGACCUACUUUGAGUCUCAGGGCACCGCUGGACCUGGUUAACUUUCCAUCUAUCUUUCGCCCUCGUUGGCCCAUAGAAUGUGAGGUCAACAGCGACAUCAUCCAUCACAUAGAGUGGGACCCCCCAGAGCCAGAGCCUUUCUACCAGCCCACAGGACAUGAGAGGACACCCAUGCCAGCAGGAGAGGAGAGGGAGAAAGUGGUAUACUGCAUUGACCAUGCCACCAAGCGUCCCUAUUUCACCUGCUCCCGGGUCGGAGGAAGCAGGGGGCCCAUUAAGAGCGCCCCUCCUUAUGAUGGUCAGACAGACUUCACCCUUGAGUUUGAGUCACGCUUUGAGAGUGGGAACCUUCAGAAGGCUGUGCAAGUUGGUGUCUAUAACUACGAGAUCACCCUGCGCACAGACAUGUACACCAGAAAGCACACACAGUGGUUCUACUUCAGGGUCAGGAACAUGAAGGCUGGAGUGACUUAUCGCUUCACCAUCAUCAACUUCAUGAAGAGCAGCAGCCUGUAUUCACAGGGUAUGAGACCACUCCUCUACUCUGAGAGGGCUGCCAACGACAAAGGGAUUGGAUGGCAACGCACUGGCUCCAAUAUCAGAUACUACCGUAACAGCAAUCAGAAUACAAAGGACAGCAACAGUGACAUAAUCACCCUGUAUUCACUCACCUGGACUCUCCAGUUCCCUUAUGACUCAGACACCUGCUACCUGGCCCACUGCUACCCCUACACCUAUUCCCACCUGCAGCGCUACCUUAGGCGCAUUUCUUCCAACCCAAAAGUUGCAUCCUACUGCACACUGCGGGUGCUGUGCCACAGCCUUGCUGGGAAUGCGGUGUAUGUGUUGACAAUAACGUCCAGAGGGGGCAGCAGAGUGGAGGGUAGGAAAAAAAAGGCUGUGGUGGUAACGGCCCGAGUGCACCCUGGAGAAACCAACGGGUCCUGGAUGAUGGAGGGGUUGCUAGACUUCCUGCUGGGGGACUCGGAAGAUGCUCAGCUACUCAGGGACACUUUUGUUUUUAAGGUGGUGCCAAUGCUGAACCCAGAUGGUGUGGUUGUGGGUAAUUACCGCUGCUCUCUGUCAGGCAGGGACCUCAACAGAUACUACAAGACAUUGCUCAGGGAUUCCUUCCCCUGUGUGUGGCACACCCGAAACAUGGUGGAAAGGCUGGUGGCUGAGACGGAUGUAGUUCUUUACUGUGACUUUCAUGGCCACAACCGUAAAAACAACGUGUUCAUGUACGGUUGUAACAACCAAGGCGAUGCUUCCCUGAAGCUGCACGAGAGAAUCUUUCCACUAAUGAUGAGCAAGAAUGCCAGUAAUAAGUUCUCCUUUAAGAGCUGUAAGUUUCGGGUGCAAAAGAGUAAAGAGGGAACAGGACGUAUUGCCAUGUGGAGACUAGGCAUCAAAAACAGCUACACUAUGGAGGCCACCUUUGGAGGCUCUACUCUGGGCGACAGGAGAGGGACACAUUUUACUACUCGAGACCUGAAGUCCCUUGGCUUUUGCUUUUGUGACACCCUGCUGGAUUACUAUGACCCAGACUCAACAAAGACCACUUACUGUCUGACAGAGCUGGCAGCGUUGUUGACAAAGGAGGUCAGAGAGAGGCUGGGCAAAGAUUUGGGCACUGACUGUAACUUCUCUGUGUCUGACCUGGAAACCAGCACCAGUGGUUCAAAUAGUUCUGAUUCUGAUGGACUCCCUGUUCAUUUACUGAACCAGCCACAAACUGCCCACCCUGAGCAAACAGUGAAGAAGAAGAAGAAGAAACGCUUGAGGAGUUGUAAAGAGAGAAAUACGCUGCGACCAGAGAGAGCAAAAAAUAACACACAGCCAAACGUCCUGCAAAGCAGCGUAAAACAUAUCGAGUCCAACCUGCCCCAUGAGGACACAGUUAAAGAGAUCAUCCAAGAGAGAACUGUUGGAAGACACUGGAAGAAAUGGCAGGCAAAAGGUCUGAUAAGAAAAGCGGAGAUCCCGCCUCCCGCCACUCACCCUGGGGAGGUCACUCAGGUGAUACCGUGGCAGGGCUGCAAGCCAGUCAAGGACAGAACUUUGAAAGCUGCAUACCAGCAUCACAGGGUAAAAGCGUGUCCACAUCUCAGCACAUACACAGAUGAUCUGGGGUAUACAAGACAGUGGAGGUGCUCAGCUCAGCUGCUGCACCUGAGUGCUCUUCUUCCACUGUCUCCAAAUCCUGUACAUUCCAGCCAGCAGCGCUGCCCCCAACAAUCCUUAAUCUCCUACAACGUCCACAGAGGUCUGCCACCUUCCCUCGCAGCGCGCCACAGGUCUCCCUCAUCCAUGUACGUCAAGAUGAUGCCAGAUAUUUUUCCAAGAAAGCAAUUGCUGCCAAGUUUCGCUACUGACAAGGUCGACGCCAGGCCUAUUUUCAGAAACAGAAACUCUUUACUGGCCUCAGAACGUGACUUUGCGCCUGAGGAUUCCUCUUCGUUGCACACAGACAUGACCAAUACCAAACAACUAAAUGAGGAGCAGGGAGAAAACUCCUCAGAAGUGGAUUUGUCCUUGUUGAAAUGUAUACCACUUGGAGAGCAGAGCCGGAGAGAUCUCACCCCUGACAUUAGAGAAACUGAAUCAAGCAGCAAUUUAUUCGUGCCUGUUCAGAAGGGAAUAGACCUGAGAAGAAACAGACUAGGCAAUGAAACUCUGGAGGACCAAAGGCACCUGGGUGUAUUAUCCCCUUUGUCAAAGCCUUCUGGCCUCAUGAAGAUGGAACUUGCACGUCCUAAGAGUGGCACCCUUGGUAGGCUUCAGGCUAAGGACAUCAGGCACCAUUACUCUGGAAGAGAAAGCCAAAUAACUGCAGCAAUGGUCACAAGAUCAUCACAGUCUGCCCCACGGUUCCCAGCAUAUCCCAGAAAGAGCCUAAUGGCUUCGAUCAGAGUCAUCAGGAUGAGAACAGUGACCAGGAUGAACUUGUAGUAGUCUGGCAAGACAGGAUACUGGAAGAAAUAACAAUUACAACAAUUCAGGCAAAUUAACUGAAAUUACAUGAACGUGAUUUAUUCAAAUGGGCUUUUAUGAAAUAGUCUGACUUGUUUCUCAGGUCUAAUCUUGACAAUUAACCCUCCUGUUGGGCUCAGGUCAAAUUUAACCCAUUUUCAAAACGGUCAAAAAACGGUCUUCACAAGUAAAAUAAAUGAUCAGUUCACUACUCUUACUGAAGAUGGGUGUUUUAUUUAUUGUUAUGGCGUUUAAAAAAGGGUAAAAGAACUAUGAAAAAAGUGAAAGAAAAAGCUUCAAAAACAUUUUAAAAAACACAGAUUUUUUUUUGGGGGGGGGGGGAACUGACGAAAACAUCGGGAAAAGCUCCAAAACAUCAGGUGACAAAAAGUUACAAAAAUGUACCAACAAAAGUUUGACCCAAAAAAACAAAUGGAAAAAAACAGGAAGACAUUACUGUACAUUUAUCACAACAUUUAUCAGCUUUUCAGGAUCAUUUGUUCCCUUAGUUUAGUUUUGUGUUUAGGUUACUCCUAAAGUCAUACAUCAUUUAAAAGAUGAAAUUACUUGAUGUUAAAAACAGAAGUGGCGAAUCACGUCCAUCUCAGCACAGUGAACUUUAACUUGAGCUGAGUUUUAACUCAGAAUCAGCAACAAUGGUUAUGUAACGUUAGUCUGACAAUGGGAAAUGUAUAUUGAGGGCCAAAUCUGUCUUUAAUUUAAUUUGGAAUUUAAUUAUUUCAUCUCUGUACACUUGUUGUAAUUAUAAUGAAGGGGUUAGCAUUAGGAUUAAUGUCUGGUGAUUGAUUAACCCUUGUACGGUACUCCUGGGUCAAAAAUUGACAUUUUUUGUUCCUUUUUCAGACUUCACUACCACCACCUGACUACCACUAGUUUUACACUACUUUUUGGAAUUCAUGGUCAAUAACCCUCAUUUAUAUAGAAUUGUACCUAAUAUUUGAGUUUAAAAAAAGCAGAAAUUAUGAAUUAUUUGGACUAAUAGUUAAGAUCAGAAGAACGUACAGAUGAGUUUAGUCAGGAAUAAAAGAGCGUUGUAUGAAAUCCAAUCCAUUUUUGGUGGUAAUUUGGUUAAAAACAAAACCCAUAUUUCAGAUAUAGACAUUUUUAUAGGGGUCAAAUUUGACUUGAGGACAACAGGAGGGUUAAGUAUAGUAUAUAAUGAUACCAGUAUUUCACAUGUCAUUCUCUCUCUCUGUGUGUGUGUGUGUGUGUGUGUGUGUGUGUGUGUGUGCGUGUUUGACUUACCUUGAGGUGCAGCAUUACAGUUACACUGAUCCACCACAAGGGGAAGAACCACAUGUUAAAGUACAGAGACAUCUGGAGGUGGAGACUAGACAGAACCCGCUUGUCUGAAAAGAAACCAACAGAACACCAUGGAAUGGACACACAAUUCCAGCUGCUGUAAGCCUAUGUUUGAGACCAACAUAUCUCACUGUUAGCUAGCUAGCUAACUACGUUAAUAUAAUGCUAAUUUGCCCAUAACGUUCACGUUAUCUGCCCUCGUGAGUUUACCGUGUGGCAAAAACGUGUCAUUGUCUGUUGUGAAAGGCUGAGUCCGACUCUGGUCAAAUAACACAGUCCGGGAAAAGUCCUCUAAACGUUUUCUGAUAGUCUCCGACAGCUCCAUCGUGGAAAAGGCUGCCUAAACACACAUCACCAGGAGG